GCCUCGGCAAAGUGUCAACGUGGUCGGCUCUCAACUUACGUACGUCAGUAAGUAAGUGGCGGAUUUACGGCGCCUUCAGAGCGACUUAAUCCUUGUCCAGGACGAAAAGGGGGCGGUUUCUGCGGAUUUAGACGCGAGACUGCAAACGUUCUGGACCGUUUGCGACGGCGAUGCGCAGGCGGGCGCGCCUUCUACGUGGCAGUGGGCGGAACCGGUGUGAAGUCGCACCGGGUUCGAAUUUUACCCAACAUGGCCGCCCGUUCUCCAAACAAACUUUUUGUCCCACCGUAAAACGGAACAACUCGAGAGAUGAACGGAAUUGGGUCGUGUUCGGUUGCGGAUUUUGUCCUUUCAUAUAAAACGGCACACAAGUGAGAAAAGUUGUGAUUUGUAGGAUGUGGGAGGGGCAGUUCUGGGGGACGGGAACCCUCCUCCUCCUCCUCCUCGGUCUAUCUACGUGUCCGGAGCGGAGCCCGAUCCCUCCUCAAACGAGCCAAAAAAAAAAAAUGGCAGCCUCCCUGCCGGUGCUCCUGCUGGCCGCGGCGGGCCUGGCGUCGGUCCUGUGCCAGUACGAGAAGUACAGCUUCCGGAGCUUCCCCCGCCACGAACUCAUGCCCCUGGAGUCGGCCUACAAGUACGCGCUGGAUCAGUACGGCGCCGAGAAGUGGUCGGACGCCGCCGAAUACUUGGAGGUGUCUCUGCGUCUGUACCGGCUGCUGCGGGACAGCGAGGCCUUCUGCAACAUCAACUGCAGCUCGGUCCGGCGCGAAGACGAGACCAAGUUCGCCGAGUUCCCGGAGUUGCGCGCGUUCGGCAACGUGCUGCAGAGGGCCCACUGCCUGAAGCGCUGCAAGCAGGGCCUGCCGGCCUUCAGGCAGUCCGUGCCGGGCCGGGAGACCCUGGACGAGUUCGACAGGAGGGAGCCCUACCGCUACCUGCAGUACGCCUACUUCAAGACUGACAGGUUGGCCAAGGCGGUGGCGGCGGCGCACACCUUCCUGCUCAAGCACCCGGACGACGACAUGAUGCAGAAGAACAUGGCGUACUACAAGAGCCUGCCGGGCGCCGAGGAGCACCUCAAAGACCUGGAAAUGAAAUCCUACGAGAUGCUGUUUGUCCGCGCCGUGCGAGCGUACAACGGCGACAACUUCCGCACGAGCGUGUCCGACAUGGAGCUGGCCCUGCGAGACUUCUUCAAGGUCUACGACGAGUGCCUGGCCGCCUCCGAGGGGCCCCGGGACGUCAAGGACUUCAAGGACUUUUACGCCAACAUCGCCGAUCACUACACGGAGGUGCUGGAGAGAAAAGUGCAAUGCGAGCGCGAACUGACCCCCGUGGUGGGGGGCUUCGUGGUCGACAAGUUUGUGGCCACCAUGUACCACUACCUGCAGUUCGCCUACUACAAACUGAAGGACCUGAAGAACGCGGUGCCGUGCGCCACCAGCUACUUGCUGUUCGACCCCGCCGACGAGGUGAUGAACAACAACGUGGUCUACUACAAGUUCCACAAGGACAAGUGGCAGCUCAGCGACGAAGACUUCCUGCCCCGACCGGAGGCCGUGCGCUACUACAACCAGACCAGCCUGCAGGUGGAGAUGUUGGACUUCUCCAGGAAGCAUCUGGCCAGUGACGACGAGGGCGAAGUUGUGGAGUUCAUCGACGAGUUUCUGGAUUAUCAGCGCAAACCCUGAAACGGACACAAACUCCAACCGGCCUGUUAUCUGCGAAGACCUCCUCCGUUGUGGUUUUCCGGGCGGCAAAAACCAAACCGACGUCCCAGCUGGACGGCGAACGUUGAAAAAUGAAGACCCCCAAAAAAGUGCUGACGACAAACAGCGGAACGUCGGAGCAGUUAACGUCCCAUAAUUUCGAGGUAAACCCAAUUUGUGAAUGUCGCAGUAUUGACGAUGAUAAAGGCCGAUUGUCAAAACUGUGACUGAUUAUUAUUAUUAUUUUUGUGGCUACCAAAUGCUUUUUUUUUUUUUUUUUGAACGGCUUUUUACCACUUGGAAGCGUUGAAGUCGACCCGCAACGUGGUCAGAUCAGAAAGUGAAGAACGGAGGGUGUAUCCCAACGCCCCAAAUUCACCCGCCGCGCCCACUUGUGUUAAAAGCAGUCGCUUCUCCCAAUCCGUGGACCCGCGUCGGCUGUUUUGUCCGA